AUGACUAAAAAGACUCUCGAAGUUCCCGAGGGUAAUUCCCAAGAUAGUCCACCAACGAAGGAUAAUUAUGGUCUGCAUAGCUCCGUUGAUAACCAGGAGGCAAUUAGCACUUUGAGUACUGCAAGUGUGGGAGCCAAUGAUUCCCAUUCCGAACGCUAUUCUCCGGAGUCAGAAGCUCGUGGCACAACAGGACCAAAAAAGGGUGAUUUUGAUCCAUCCUUCACAGCAGGUUCAGAAACUCUGGCAUUUCUGCUGACGGGUAAUAACCCUACAACAAUAACGGAAACUGAGGUGGAGCCUGCGAGUCAGAAUGGAAUCGGAGUCAGCGAAGGCGAAGCUGAGAACAAUGAUGACGAUUAUGAUGACGAUGAUGAAUCUGACGACAGUGACGACGAACAGACGGAAGACAUUCCGUUGCUUAAAUACAGUCGGCCGAAAUCUCUCAAACUCAGCGAUGUUUCGGCCAGUACGUUUCACGAUGAUUACAUGAUAUUCGCCACACAUCUAGGGGUGAUCCUGAUCUACACAACUAACCUACAAUUGGUGCGGACGUUCAGAGCCCACCGAGCAUCGGUCUUGCUGGUCUUCACCGAUGGGACUUACUUCGCAACGGCUUCUAUGGAUGGCACAGUUGUUAUUGGCUCAAUCAAAGACGAAAAGGAUAUACAAGCCUACGAUUUCCAGCGUCCGGUUCACGCUGUCGUUCUUGACAAGAACUUUUCUCAAACUCGAAGCUUUAUUUCUGGGGGCAAAAGUGGUAAGAUUUUAUAUUCAACCAAAAACUGGUUAGGAAAACGUUCCGACGUUGUUAUUGACGAGGGUGAUGGCCCAAUUGUUGGCCUCCUCUGCGUUGACGAUGUUCUAUUUUGGAUGAAUGAUGUUGGUAUCACCGCUUACAACAUUAUUACGCGGCAAGUUAUCAAGGUUUUCGAACGACCUGCCGAUGCCCCUCGGCUGGAUGAAUACUGGCCUCGGUGGGCUUUUCCCGAAACUGAUCGCGUCAUAAUUGCAUGGGGUAAUUAUGUUUGGUCCAUGAGGAUUACAGCUGCCAAGAAAACGGAAACGGUGUCUUCAUAUAUUCCUCUGUCGGUAUCAUUCAGAGCCAACACUGGAGCAAACGAGCGCCUGGUUGAACUCGAGAAUAUAUACAAGAUGAGCUCAUUGAUUGCUGGAAUUGCAUCAUUUUCGAAACAUGAUCAAUGGUUGUUGCUCACCUAUACUCCUCACACAAUUAAUUCGGAUGGAAAGCGGGUAUUUCUGAAUCCGGACUUGCAACUAGUGAACUCAGCCACCGGUGAAGUGGAGUGGGAAGAAGAGAUUGGUCUUAAAGACAUCAACAACUUGAGCCUCAAUGAUUAUCAACUUGCCUCAAGUGACGACGGGUAUUUCAUAAUUUCCGCUCGCGACUUGGUUCACGCUGAGGAGUUCAAGUUGGAGGACAGGCUCCAAUGGUAUAUUGAUCAUGACAGGUACGAUGAGGUCUGGCGCUUGAGCUCCUUCCUUAAUAUUCCUCCUCUUCGUCGACUCAACUAUGGAAUCAAACAUGUCGAUAACCUUGUGAAAUCAGAUUGGAAAGAAGCGUUGAAGUUUUUGAGGAAAGUAUUGGAUGUGGAUGAGAGUCGAUUAGUUGUGCGCGAUGAUAAAAGUACCAUAGCAUCAACCGCCGUUGCAAAUGACGAUGCAUAUGUGGGAGAAGUUGUGAACCAAUGGGAAGAAUGGCUGAGUAUCGCUAUCAAAACUAACCACUACGAAGAGCUUACCCAAGUGAUACCUACGACACCAAAGUUGGCAAUUCGCCAGGAGGUUUAUACCAAAAUUAUGAGUCACUGGAUGCAUGAAGACGAUGUGACAACGUUUUUGACGUUAUUGAAUAUGUGGGAUCAUAAUCUAUACGACAUUCAUGUGGUGAUUUCUGAGUUGGAGGAGAUUUUGGAAGACAAAGAAUCACCGGAGUUAAGACAAGGCUUGGUUCAACUUUACGUUUGGCUGCAACAACCGGAGAAAGCUGUGAGCCAUCUAAUCAAAAACCGCCUGGACCAGCUAAUUGAAUUCAUCUGCAAUAACCACAUUAUCGAACAGAACUUUGACUACAUUCCCAAAAUGUUGAGUUUCAAAUUCGAUAAUCCGGAUGCUUUGCACACCGUGCCUGUCGAUGAAAUCGAAACAAAACUUGCUCCGGUAAUGAAUAUGCUUGUGAAUUAUCGCCAUGAGAUCAAUCCCGCUCGAUUUGUGCAGUACUUCAAUAGCAUCAACUUGCUGGUAUUGACAUUUGUCUAUCUCCUAGAGCUUCAAUCAGUCGACGAAUAUACUGCAUCAAAAUUCGGCAAUGAUAUGGUAAAGAUGCUUGUUGAAUUCAGGCGGUCUUUACUUUUACCAUUUCUUACUAAGCAUGACGCGAAUUAUGAUCUUGACUUCGCGCUAAAGUUAUGUGAGCAGGCUGGCUAUGUUGAAGAGCAAGUCUACCUAUUAGGCAAAGUGGGGAAUUCUAAGCAGGCGAUGCAUUUGAUUAUCUCCGAUCUUAACGAUCCGAAAAUGGCACUUGACUUCGCUAAGCAACAGCAGGAUCGUGAAUGCUGGAAUUUGCUUCUAACCGCUUCAGUAGACGAGCGUGAUGGCGGACGGCCAUCCUUCAUUAAAGCACUCAUCGAAGGAGCUGAUGAUCAAACUAGAGAGUACUAUGAUCCGUUGGACAUCUUGAAGCGCAUGCCAGCGCUGAUAUCAGUUCAGGGGCUUAAUCAUGCGGUUAUAAACUUCACAAAGAAGAAUGCUUUGAACCUCGUGCUACAUCAACUCGUUCUCAACAUCUUGUACAAACAAGCGGAAAAGGCUUCACGCACCUACCGGGAAAUUAGAUUGAUCGGUGUCGACGGAGAACGUGAAAUCAAAGAGGCGGAUUUAACUCGUUUGAUUGGCGUGGACGUAAUACAUUCGUCUUCUCCAACAACUGAAUUGACUAUGCAUUACACUUUGGACGUCGCUAACAGCACGGUUCCCGCCUACACUGCACUUCGCAAAAAACUUGCCUACUUGUCUCACCGCCGGUGA